CUGUCAAAGUCAACGUGGCCUACCAAGUGUAUUCUUUUUUCUCGAUCGCCAUGUCUUCACACCCAACACUAGAUGCUCUUCCCAGUGAGAUCCAGCUCCAUAUCUUUUCUCAGGUCACAGCUCAUGACCUAAGCACCAUUGCCCGUACGUCCAAGCGCCUCAACGAAAUUGCAACACCGCUUCUCUGGAAUGAUAUUGAACUCCAUCAAGAGGGCUACCACGAGUCCAGGCACGAGCUUAAAGUCCCUCCUCCAGCACGGGAUCCAGCGCGCCGGCCUUAUCACUCAAAGCAGAAAUGGGGAAAUGGGCAAGGUGCGCGUAUGAAGGCUGCUCAGUUCUUCGAAAUACUGCAGACGAUGCAUAAAGAGAACCCAGAUCGGCUGCAACAGAUUGCCCAGCGUGUAAGACAUUUUUGUACCGUGAUUGAUCCCUCUUGGAGGCCGGUGGAUAAGGAUAAUGAUUCCGUCGAUACUGAGGCCAUUCAAGUCUGGCAUCUUUUACCGUAUCUUUCCAACUUGGAGACCUUGGAACUAUACGGAGACUACUACUAUUCCCAAGAGGCCGAGGAGAAAGUUUCUAAAAUUCUUGGAUCUCCUCCAAAACUUCGGUUCCUCAAGCUCUCAGGGUACAUGCCACCAGAAGUACCAGCAUGGCUACUCAAAGCAGGAGAUACUCUAGAGCGUUUGGAACUCGACAUGUUGGACCGACCCAUCUCAACAUGCCUAUCGAAUGAUCCCCAUUUCACUCCUCUUCCAUGUGAGAAGAUAAAUACGGAUGAUGGCGGUGUUCCUGGGUCAGACUACGGAAGUUUGGUAGACGAUAUGAUCAUCCCUCGGCCAUUGGGGAACAUUUUUACAAGCUAUGGCGACUACAAAUUGAAGUUACCAAAAUUAAAGCACUUGUUCCUUGGUCAGCCAGCAGAAUCAUGCUACACCAACGAUUUCGCAACAUAUAGUUGGUCAAAACGUGCCGAGUCAGCAUGUUACGAUGAUUGGCUUUGGAUCCUAGAAGCUUCUAUGAAAACACUCGAGACUUUGGUUCUGGAGCAGAGACCAGCCGCUGAUUAUAUCGAAGGUGACGGCUAUAGCGAAGACAUGUGGAUGAACGAAAACACAUGGUCUCAUGCAAGUGAGAUACUUCUCGAGAUGGUUGAGACAGUCAUAUCUUCCGAGAAAGGCCAGGGGUCUUUAAAGCGGGUAUAUCUGUAUGGUAUAGUUGCUGGUUUAGAGGAGGAUGGUACACCGUUUUUGGAUUUCCCUGCAGGCAAGUUUAUGCAGUUUUUGAAGGAUCGUGGGGUUGCGUGUGAAGCGAGACGGGGAAAGUGGUGUUUCUUUGAUAAACAGUCUGGAGCUGUGAAUUGGUGCCCUUGGGAUGCGGCGUAUGAGUAUGAAGAGGAGGAGGAUGAGGAUAUGGACGAGAGUAAGGAUGAAGAUGCUGAACCAAAGGCGAAGUGGGAUACUGUACUGGCGAAGGUUUGAAGACUGAAGGCUUACCAUGUUUGAUUUGAGCCAGAUUUAUUAAUGGAUUAUUAAUCAUUUACCAAAA